AGUCUACACACACACCCGUGUCACCAGCUGCCGACAUGCCUGCAGACUUCAGUGGGAAAUGGAUUCUGGAAACCAGUGAGAAAUUUGAGGAAUAUUUGAAGGCAUUAAAUAUUGACUUUGCUACAAGAAAAAUCGCCAUCUCCCUGUCUCAGACCAAAGUGGUUACCCAAGAUGGAGACAACUUUGACUUCAAAACCCUGAGCACCUUUAGGAACUAUGAGCUCGCCUUCACGGUUGGCGUGGUGCUUGACGAAUACACCAAGGGACUAGAUAACAGAAACAUCAAGAGUCUGGUCACCUGGGAUAAGGACAUGCUGGUGUGCACCCAGAGAGGAGAGAAAGCCAAUCGAGGCUGGAAACACUGGAUCGAAGACGAUAAACUCCACCUGGAGCUGACGUGUGAAGAUGUGGUUUGUCAUCAGGUGUUCAAGAGAAAAGAAUAAAAUAAACUCAGUAAACGAG